UAUUUGCAUUGAUCAUGUUGUCGGCAGUGCAGCAGACGCGGUCAACGACAUCGCUCAUGCUGCGGCAAGCAGUGCGCACAAUGACUACACACAAGCCGUACUUGGACGCCGUGCGCAGGCCGCAGCCGAUCGCCAUCACGCCAGACCCCGUCGAUCCGCUGAACAACGUGCCGCCGCUCGACCAGCUCCCGCCUGGAUCGACCUACAUGGGCCUGUACGUCGUGCUGCCAGGACUCGCACGCACGCGUUUGCGCAAGUGCCCAAUCGUGCAGACGCCGGCCUUCUUUGAUCGCCUCAAGCGCGAGCGCGAGCAGGUUCGUGAGCUCAGGUCGGACCCCGAGCGCGAGCUUCGCGCACGCACUGGUCAAGAAAUCGUCCCAUUCGACCAGCCACUCACUCAAACAACGUGGGCCAACUCCAUUUCACGCCAGCUUACCUUGACGUUUGGCAUUCACAACCGCAUCUGGACCGAUUUGGCCGAGAAGGUGCCCAAGCUCACUCGGUACCUCAAGGUCACCUACCCGGAGACCGCUAUUGUCCACGGCAACCUGGUUCCUGCUGGCUUGACGAGCUCUGCUCCGACUGUCACGUUCGAGCCCGAGAGUGGCAAAUACUAUACACUCAUGAUGGUUGGUCUGGAUAGCAACAUUUCGUCUGCCAACCACCAAUACAUGCACUGGCUCGUCGCGGACAUUUCUGAAGCCGGCAUUUCUUCUGGCAACACCAUCUAUCCAUACGUGCAAGCGCUGCCUCUGAAGGAUACUGGAUACCACCGAGUUGCUUUCUUGUUGCUCGAGCAUGCCGCACCAUUAGGCAUGCAGGCAGAAUCGAUCUACAAUCGAAUCGACUUGUACGCAAGAUCCUUCUCAACUGCCCUCUUUGUCAACGAAUUUGGCGUGCGAAUUGUGGGAGCCAGCUUCUGCCAAACCUUCCACGACGACUCUGUCGAGAAAGCCUUCGCCCGCGAAAAUGUCCAACUGCCAGUGGUGAAGGUCACCUAUACGCCCGAUACGUCGCAUGGCAAGCACACUCGAUUGCCGCACGUCGGUCCGUUGGUGCCGAUCAAGGACGCUUCUAUGCGCAAAUUCGACCAGCGUACCGAGCGUCGUCUUCGCAAGAAGUAAACACGCUUUUUGACCGACCUCCCAGUGCUGUACCACCAUUCCCGAUGUCGUUUCCCCACGACUACCAAAAUAAAAACCUUGCACAUUCACAC